AUGUCAAGCUCGCCAACUGAUGAAGCGAAAUUCCUCGACUGGUUCAAGGAGAAGGGCGGGGCGGUGCAUCCUGCGGUCGCCUUCAAGCAGUUCGAGGGCAUGGGUAGGGGCUGCGUAGCGCUCGAGGACAUUGAGCCCGACACCCUUCUCUUCUCGAUCCCGCGCUCCGUCCUCCUCACCACCUCGACCUCCGCCCUCCCUUCCCUCCUGCCCGCCGAAGAGUUCGCCUCCCUCUCCGGCUGGACCCCGCUCAUCCUCUCGAUGAUAUACGAGUACCUCCGCACGUCGAGCUGGACGCCGUACUUCUCGCUGUUGCCGACUCAGUUCGACUCGCUCAUGUUCUGGUCGCCCGAAGAAUUCGCGGAGCUCGAGGGCAGCACGGUGCUGAACAAAGUCGGGCGCGACGAAGCAGACGAAGAGUUCGAGCAGACGGUCAAGCCGUUCGUCGCAAAGCACGCCAAUGUGUUUGGUAACCCGGACGACUACACCGCCGAGCUCUUUCACCGGAUGGGCAGCCUCGUCCUGAGUCGAAGCUUCCAUGUUGAUGCGAAGGAACCGGAGGAAGAGGAGGAGUACAGCGAUGAGGAGGAGGAGGAGGAGCGGGAAGACGUGGGCGAUGUCGCGAUGGUUCCGUUCGCCGACAUCCUCAACGCCAAGAGCGGCUGCGACAACGCUCGCCUGUUCUUCGAGAUGAACACGCUCGACAUGAUGUCAACCGCGCGGAUACCAGCCGGAUCGCAGAUCUUCAACACGUACGCCGACCCGCCCAACUCGGAUCUCUUACGGCGGUACGGCCAUGUCGACGAGGUGAACGAGGCGGAUCUGGUUGAGGUCGGAUUGGAGACGGUCGUGGAUCUGGUAGGGCAGGCGCAGGGAUUGGGGGAGGAGGGGCGGGAGGCGAGGGCAGAGUGGUUGCUCGAGAUGGGUAUCGACGACACCUUCUCGAUCGAGAGGAACUACAAGGUUCCGGAAGAGAUGGUUUCCGCCAUCAAGGCGUUCCUCCUGACGCCCGAAGAGUACGCCAAAGCGCAGAAGAAGGAGUCCCCGCCCAAACCGAAGCUCGACGCCCCGUCCGCCGACUGGGCGCGCAAGAUCCUCGACAAGCGGCUGUCCGAAUACAAGACGAGUAUCGAGGAAGAUGAGUCCCUGCUCAAGGAGUCGACGCUCCCGCAGCGGAAACGCAUGGCCGUGAUCGUCCGCCUGGGGGAGAAACGGAUCUUGCGAUCCGCGCGAGCCAAGCUGGAUGAGGAGUGGCCAGCCGGUGGGAAUGCGAGUGCGACGCAGAAGGACAAGAGGCGGUCGAGGGACGGUGGGAAGGGUGAGGCCGGCGGCAAGAAGCAGAAGAAGGCGAAGCAAUGA